AUGCCGCGUCAUAAUGAUUAUUCGUUUGUUGAAAUGAGAAACAUGGUAUGUGUGUAUGCCCAAGAAAAUUAUUGUGGUCGUCAUGCAGCAGCGAGGUACUUGGAGUUAUAUCCAAAUAACAGACAACCUAACCACAAGCUUUUCAAGACGUUGUACGACAGAUUAGGAGAAACGGGAUCAUUUCGCCCUAAACGAGACGUUGGAAGGCCUAAAGUAUUAGCGGCGGAGCAAGAAGAGGAUGUUUUAGUGCGAAUUGCCGAAAACACGCAAACAAGCACACGCCGAAUUUCAUCAGCUACUGGUGUAAGUCAGCCUUCCGUCUUCAGAAUACUCCACAAAGAAAAAUUGUAUCCUUACCAUUUUCGUCCGGUUCAACAGUUGAUGCCACAAGAUCCUCCUGGUAGAUUUCGGUUCGCACAGUUUCUUCGUCGGCAACAAAAUGCUGACCCUACAUUUUAUAAUAAAAUAUUGUUUACGGACGAAGCUACAUUUACCCGGCGCGGUGUAUUUAAUUGGAGAAAUAGCCAUUCCUGGGAACUGGAAAAUCCUCACUUGCCACGAGAACAACAUUUUCAGCAUGAAUUCUCAAUAAAUAUUUGGUGUGGAAUACUUUCCGAUAACAUUUUGGGACCAUUUGUGUUACCCCGUCCACUUAAUGGGGAAAACUAUUUAAAUUUUUUAACAAAUGACUUGCCCCUCGUUCUUGGAAAUAUCCCCUUAAAUUUCCCUUUUGGUUUAUGCAUGAUGGUGCUCCCGCACAUUACGCCCGACCAGACCCCGCACAAACCUUAUGGAAAUGGAUCCCCGGUGGAUCUCUCUCAAAUUUUGGGAAUGAACUCCUCAGAGCAUCCUCAUCAAAAGUUCUCAUGGGCACAAAAACCGGAAACCGCUCCCAACCCCCCAAAAUCACCCCCAAAGUUAAGGGGCUCACUAUACCACACCACCAAAAAAGUAUCAGACCAAAAAAUAGACCAGAAACUAGAUAUCGCAAGCUUCUUCAGCGAUUUGCUGAAGACUGAUACGUGCAAGAGCAAAAAUGAUGACGUAUUCGUGUCCAGCGCUCAAAAAUAA